AUGAAGCUCGCAUUCAUUCUCGAAACAGCCUUCUUCGGCCUUGCUGCCGCAUCCUGUCCCUUUGGGCAUGGAAACCACAAGUACCAGAAAGCUCGACCAGAAGACAGCCGCUCUCCCUGUCCCGGUCUAAACGUUUUAGCAAACCACGGCUGGCUCCCCCGCUCAGGCAAAAACAUCGACCUCGCAACAGUCCGCAGCGCAGUCGCAGGCGCCUACAACUACGCCCCGACAACAUUCGACGAAGCCUUCCAGAUGGCGCUGGACGUCAACCUCUCAACAACCGGAAACAGCUCAACAUUCCACCUGGCCGAUCUGCGCAAGCACAACGCAGCAGAGUUCGACGGGUCCCUGUCUCGCAACGACGCCUACUUCGGGGAUAAUCUCCACUUCAGCCCGGCCGUCUGGGAGACUGUCGCUGAACGGCUGAAUCUGUAUGACGCGGGCGAUUGCGAGAAGGAUAAAUACGUCACAGUCGAGACAGCAGCCAGAGCCCGUGCUGCACGCGUUGAAGAUGCGAUGCGCGCAAACCCGGACUUCACCAACUCCAAGCUUGCGAUGGAGGGAAGUCCCGGGACGACUUCGCUGUAUUUGACUACGCUGUGGGAUUAUGAGGCGGAUGGCGCGCCUAAGGCGUGGGUUAGGGCUUUCUUUGAGGACGAGCGCAUUCCGUAUAUUGAAGGGUACCGCAGACCUAAUACGCCGAGGAAUUUUACCCACAUUGGGGAUAUGAAUUCUAGGGUUCUGGCUGUUGAUGGUUAA